UUCACUGAAAAAAGCUCUUCCGUGCCAUAUUGUGUGAGAAUUGCUGCACGUAAUUUCCCAUUUUCCCACAUUUUCCGCAUGAAUUUGGGAUUCAAUUGCUCCAGGGAGUAUAAAAAGAGCUGAAGAGUGGCGAUGUUUAGUGAUUUUGUGUGGAAAAAAUGCUGACAUCAAAGAAAAAAGCAAUCUUUUACGAAUUUGUGGUUGAUCUGCUCGUUAAGGGCAUCAUCGGCUACAAAUUCCCGGACAAUCGUAUCAAGAAGGGAAUUCUUAAGAAGAUCUUCGGAAGUUACAUUGUCCAACAUGGCGUUCAAAUGCUUUUCCAGCUGAAUCAACUCAACAGCCUUCUAAUAGCGUGCAAGAUCAUUGAUCCGGUGGCAGAGAGCCAGAGUGACGACAAGACGAUCUACAAGUUCUGCUGUGAUCGUCUCUGCGAGCUGAUCAAGAAGUUCUCCCAAGUGGGAAAAUUCUACUGCCUUAAGGGACUCCUGGAGACUGAGUCCAGCGAGGUGUUUCUUCACUACUGUGGCACAUACAGCAAGCGCUUUCCGCGGGACUCUCGCUUCGCUCAUCUCUGUGUGAUCUGCGAAGUGUCCUUCAAGUGGGUCAGGGAUUAUGAGGAGCACAUGAGCUUCCACGUGAGCAACGCCUCGCCCAGGAAUGCUGAAUUGAUUUCGCAGUCCUUCAAGUUGUCAGUGGUGGAAAUCACAAAGAAAAACAUGAUUCUUGACAUUGCCAACGAUCUGAAUAUGUUCCAGACCAUCGACAGGAUCGAAUUGAUCUCGCCGUCCUUCGUGAACGUUGAGAUAUGUAAGGAUUCCUGCCCUAUUCAGCUAGACAGAGGUGAAAGAGUUGUGCUGCAAGUGUCGAAAAGUCUUCUGCAAGACAUCUUUGAGGUCAUGAGCGUGUGGAAGAUCGUCUUCAAGUUCAUCAGAGAUGACAUCGGCAAGGGAAUAGAAGUUUACGAUCUCGUUAGAUACGAAAGAACGGAAUCCGUAAAGAAAACCAUCUCUGAGCUAAAAGCAACCAGUCGGGAUUUGAAGCUGUACAGAUCUCUGCAGCAUCAUCCGACGUGUGAAAUGGAAGCGCUGUUCAAGAGAAACUUUCGUCUGCCGGAAAAGAGUGGCUUGCUAGAAUUUAUGCUGCAUGAGAAAUUGACAGAGUUCAGUUUCUCUGACAAGGCGACACGACUGAAUCAGGGCAACUAUGUGGAGUCGAUGAGCCAUUCUCUACAGAUUGAGGAGCUCACAGUCGGCCGGGAAGUGGAGAAGUAUGGCAAAGCUAAUCAAAGACUGAAGCUUUUGAGUCAACUCAAUCCGAGGCAUAAUCAGAGCCUUUACAAAUUGGCGGUUGAAAACGUCUCCGAUAUGCGGCCAUCGAUUCUUCCUCAUGACACCGUCUGUUUAAUGCUUCAGCGCGAUUACGACGCCAUCAAGAUCACUCCUUACGGUGACAAUUUGCGGAGAAUCUACGGCACUAUCAUUAAAAUCGAGAGUGAUUGCGUCCUGUUAAGAAUCAAGGCGAAGAUUAACACGGAAGAUACAUUUCAUGUCAGCUUCCAACCGAAUAGGAACAAUUUUCGCGUUGAGGCUCACGCGCUGUACUUGCUGAUGAACUCCCCGAAGCUGCAGAGCAUUCUCUUCCCCACAGAAAUGCCGAAACUAAAAACUACGCCAGUGGAAAAAGAGCUGAAUUGGUUCAAUAAGUGCGUGUCGAGGAAUGCUGAGCAAAGAAGCGCUGUUCUUCACAUCACGGCAGGAAGCUCUUAUCCCUUUCCCUACAUCAUCUUCGGCCCGCCGGGCACGGGCAAGACCAUGACGCUGGUAGAGACGGUUUGUCAGUUGUGGAAGCAACAGCCAAAUUCACACAUUCUCAUCACGGCGCAGUCGAACUCUGCAUGCGAUGAGCUCUGCCUUCGUCUUCUGCGCUAUCUGCCGAACUGCGAUGUCUUGAGGCUAUUCUCGCGGGUGAAGGAGAAGGAGCUGGAGAAGAUGGAGGCGGAGCUACUGAAAGUGGCGAAUGCGCUGGAAAACAAAAUCUUCUAUCCGUCGCUGAAGAAGAUUUAUCAGUUCAGAAUCGUCAUCUGCACAAUCAGCAUGGCUGGAAAGCUCGUGCAGGCGCGCAUCAGCACGCAACACUUCACGCACGUGGUGAUCGACGAGAGCAGUUGCUGUACAGAAUCGCAGGCAAUUGUCCCGAUUAUUGGGAUUGUCGCCAAUGAGCACAGCAUCAAUGGACAGAUCAUCCUGGCUGGAGAUCACAAGCAAUUGGGCCCAGUUCUUACCUCAGCUCUAGCCAAGGAUCGUGGCUUUCAGAUCUCCAUGAUGGAGCGCCUUAUCAAUAGCGCCGCUUAUCAGAAAGACGCCAAUACUGGCGAGUACAAUCCGAAUCUCGUGACGAAACUGCUGCAGAACUUCCGCUCGUGUCCGCCAAUUCUUGACGUGUGCAACAUAAUGUUCUACGAUAAUGAACUGGUGGCGAAUGCAAAGUAUAAUUGGGCGCUGGACUGGAAAUAUUUGCCCAACGGAGCCAUUCCGAUCGCGAUGGAUGCAAUCUUUGGCUCCUGCACGAGCGAGCGCGACUCGCCGAGCUUGUUCAACAUGGACGAAGUUGAUGCCGUGAUAACGAUCGUGGAGGAGAUCCUGGUCAACGGCGUGAAUGGGCGCAAGAUAGCGCAGAGCGAGGUGGGAAUCAUAGCGCCAUACAGGAAGCAGGUGACGAAGAUACGUGAGGUGUGUCUGGAGCGGCACUGGGACGAGAUUGACGUGGCGGCUGUGGAGCUGUUCCAGGGUAGAGAGAAGGAGGUGAUAAUUAUUUCGACUGUGCGGUCCAAAAGCAGAUCCGUGGGCUUCCUGGGCGAUCCCAAGAGACUAAAUGUGGCGCUGACGCGCGCCAAAGCGCUGAACAUUGUCGUGGGGAAUCCUAAGACGCUGAGACAAGACAAGCACUGGCGCACAGUGAUCGAUCUCUAUGAGAACUACGGACUUAUAACGACUCUGUCGGAGAACAUCAGCUUCGCCAGGGAUUUCGACAGAAUACUCCAUGUGAUGACCAAUGAAUUCAAGCGUCUCAAACUGUAGGCAGGAAGGAUGCGAAGAUUUGCUUCUUGCAUUUUAAUUCUUUUUUCAAUAUUCCAUGCAGUAGAAGUGAUAUUUGACCGUUACCAUAAAGUGCAGAAAGAACUUGACGAAGAAUGACGAACAUAUUAUGGCAAUAAAGGGGAAUUAU